AUGUUCAAAGUCAUUAGUGUUGCGUUCCUUGUCGUUGCGGCGAUGAAUGCGGUGGUUCCCGCAAUGGGCCACGGUCAUGUUACCAUACCGCCCAGUCGACAGGAGCGCUGCCAGAAGCGUGAGGUUCCUGGAUGCGGAAACAUUCAAUGGGAGCCUCAGAGCGUGGAGGCCAAGAAAGGAUCCUUCCGCUGCGACGGCGGUGGAGACCGAUUUCACGAGCUUGCCGAUGAGGCAUUAUGGGCAGAUCAUUUCCUCGUCGUUCCCCCCGGCGUCGACUCUCUCAACAUGACCUGGGUUCUCACAACAGCGCACCGCACCCAGUCUUGGGAAUACUUUGUUCUCACCCAGAACAAUACCUUACUCCUUUCCGUUCAGGCGUUUAAUACUAUUCCCGCCAACCCUACCACCCAACUCGUUCCUUUGAAAGGCAUCAAGGGAAAACACACCAUCCUUGCACGUUGGAGCAUUGGGGAUACCGAGAAUGCGUUUUACGCUUGUAUAGAUCUGUUUGUUGAAGGGAAACCGACUUCUAUUUCAACUUCAACUUCAACUUCAACUUCAACUUUCACCUCAACUUCAACUUCAACCUCCACUUCGACCCUAGAUCCCCCUAGAAACACGCCUCCGUCGAUCCCAGGACCCCCUAGAUUUACGCCACCUUGUCUUUCUCCAAAGUUUCGCUGUAUGAGCUGUAAAUUGAAGGAUGCUAUGAUAUUACUUGAAGCUGCAUAA